AUGGCGAGACAUGUAUUUUCUGGGUGGAGAGAAAAGCUGGCGAAGGCGUGUCUACGGUACAGGCUGAAGAAGCGCAUGAAGGAACUGCGCAAGGUGCGGGAAGCCAAGCAGAAGAAGGAAGAGGGUCUCGCGAUUCGUCAGCGCAUACAGAGGUCGGUAGAGAGGAUCGUCAAGGGUCACAGUGAUGAAGACAGGAGGAAAGCCAAGGAGAAAUAUCACGCAAGGCAGAAAAGGUGGGAGAAGGUGACUGGAUUCAAAUACGGCCCAGCCUGGGAAGAACAUGAUUACGGGAACUGGGACUUUGGGCUUGCGGGUCCGAAUGGUGAAAGAGAGGUCAAUACUUUGGAUUUGAUGGAUUGA